ACUCACAAAGGGAGGACUCCUGCAGCUGAAGAUGAGACUCUCGGCUCUGGUUCUGGUCUGCGGGCUGGCUGCGUCACUGCUUGGAGGAAGUCUGGUGUCAGGGUUGGACUCGGAGCAGAUCAGGCAGGGAGCAGGUUCUGUCGUGUUCCAACUGAGGAGGAGUCCAGCGGGAGAGUACCUGGAGGAUCCCAGCAUGUGCAUCACGCUGAGGGAGAACGACGACCAGCGCCACCUGCUGUGCAACGACCGCAGGAGUCAGUUCAACUUUAACCCCUUUGGCCUGAGAUUUGGGAAACGCUUCAGCUUCAGGAGAGCGGUGAAGAGAGCGCGGAGGAAUCAGAGCUCAGUAGUUUCCUUGUUUCCACGACGACCGGAGAUUCUCAUCUGAACACAAACUCUGCUACAGUUGAGAGACUUGCCCAGGUUUUGGACUGCCCACACCCUGGAAUAUUAACAGUGUUGAAAAUACUGGAAUAUUUGUUUAUUAUAACACAGUGAAACUGUUCAUUAAACGUGGGAUUUGAAAUAUUACGUGACGUCAAUGUAUUUUCUAUCCACGGAGGAAGUACAACAGAUAUUGACUAUUCUUUGUCAAAGACAA